UGAGUGUGGGGCGGUAGGGGUGUUGUCUUCGUCACAGUAAUCCGAUUGGGCUAAAUGCUUCCUCAAAAUGGGCUUUGAACUUCACACGAUAUACAGAAAUAGAAGACACAGCCGGUGGAAGUAUGCUAACUGGGAGAGGCUCAAUUCAAUUAUUAAAUUAAAGCAAGCACACUAAGCUACUUAUCUAGCUUAUUCACGAGCUCGCUUGGGAAGCCAGUGAUAUCACCAACAGCACUUCGCUAACUGUUCUAUAUCAAGAGGAGACUAGAUCGGGCUAGCAAUUCAACUAGCAGAUAGCUAACGUUACAGAUGCAGCCAUCAAACUACAGGUGGAAACUGAUAGCUAGCUAAAUUAUUCGGCUAGCUUGAAGCAUUGUAAGAUUGCACCAAGCCAGACCUUUGAAUUGGCUAGCCCCUUGUGCUACGAAGAAGAAAUACAGGCUCACUGACAGCUAGUAAUCUAAUUCAAAGACUAAGGGAAUGGACUUUACAUUGGACUUUGCGGCAGGAUGCAUAGGAGGUGCUGCAGGUGUUUUGGUUGGCCAUCCUUUUGAUACUGUAAAGGUACGACUCCAAGUUCAGAGUGUGGACAGACCUCUGUACCGCGGCACGUAUCACUGCUUCCAGUCUAUCAUACGACAAGAGUCGAUGACAGGGCUCUACAAAGGCAUCGGCUCCCCCAUGAUGGGCCUGACCUUCAUCAAUGCCAUCGUGUUCGGUGUCCAGGGCAACGCCAUGCGCAGGCUGGGCCACGACACACCGCUCAACCAGUUCCUGGCUGGGGCUUCGGCGGGGGCAUUGCAGAGCAUCAUUUGCUGCCCUAUGGAGCUGGCCAAGACACGGAUGCAGCUGCAGGGCUUGGGCGAGAGGAAGUCCAAGCAGAAGUUGUACAAGAACUCACUGGACUGCCUGGUGCGCAUCUACCGGAAGGAGGGCUUCUGCGGAAUCAACCGGGGAAUGGUGACCACGCUGGUCCGUGAGACGCCGGGCUUUGGGAUCUACUUCUUGACCUACGAUGUCCUGACGCGCCACUUGGGCUGCGAGCCCGACGACCCCUACAUGAUCCUUAAGUUGCUGUUUGCCGGCGGCAUGUCGGGCAUCGCCUCGUGGAUCUCCACCUACCCCGUGGACGUCAUAAAAUCCCGGCUCCAGGCGGAUGGCGUGGGUGGCCACAACAAGUACAACGGCAUUGCAGACUGCAUGCGUCAGAGCAUGAAGCGGGAGGGCUGGCGGGUGUUCACGCGUGGCCUCACCUCCACACUGCUUCGGGCAUUCCCAGUCAACGCCACAACCUUUGCCACCGUGACUCUGUUCCUCAUGUACAUGCGGAACGACGAGGGCGGCAUCACAGACUGCGAGCCCCUACCCGCCCACUCCUCACUCACUGCGAGCCCACAGCAGGCCCAGCCCUCAAGCCUGUGACCUGGGGAAGAUUGUGCUUCUGCUCUGGUGACCCUGACUGGAGUGGAGGUGGUCCCACAGUGCACCAGUUAAGCUGCUGAGACCUGAGUGACUUGAUCACUCGACAAAGGAUAUUUUUAUACAAUGUAUUUUACGAUUGGAAAACUUUGGUUGUAAAUAUUUACGUGUCCCUUUUUUGACCCUUGGUUUUCUACAGAGCAGCCUUUAAAAAUAUUUUUUUGGGGUGAAUUCAUUUCUCACUGGGGGAAGAAAGCAAUCACACUGAAAAAGUACAUUACUGAACUGGUCACCCUGGUUACAAACAAAACACCCAUACAUGUAUUUAUGCACAGCUUAGUAUAUUUAUAUUGCAGGGUUGGAGUAACGGAUUACAUGUAACAAAACUAACUAAUCCGUUACCGGCAAAAUGAUUGUAAUCAGAUUUGAUACUUUUGAAUUCAGAAAGGAUGUUGGGGGCUCGGGGAAAUCGGACUCCUUUCCAUUUUCUCCUGACAUUCAAAUCAGCAAGUUUUAAAGGGAUACUUAACGAUUUGAUCUACUUCCCCGGAACUCAUGGAUACCAUUCUUAUUUCCGUGUCCAGAAGGAAGUUGGGAGGUAGUUUUGCUAGCCAAUGACUGGAAGUCUAUGGGUAUCUGCUAGCAGAUGCCUAUAGACUGUCAUUAAAAUGCAACAUCCAUUAUGGCCAGCCCUUAACAUUUAUUCAUCCUGCAAUAGAUGUCAUUCAAUUGGUAAUAUACAUUUUGUCUUCGAAUCAUCUUAAGGGGAAAGUAACAAAGUAAAGUUUGAGGAAUCCAAAAGCUAUGUGACUGAUUUAGAAUUUCACAUGUAAACUAGUAAUUAACGGAUUAACCUACCCAACCCUGUUUAUGUAUGUCUGAAAAUAUGUACUGUAUACACAAGUGAAGCUUUCCGAUGAAAAGACUAACUCUGGAGUCCUAUUUUCGAGUACAUGGUUUGGAAUCCAUAAGGGUCCGUUCACAUUGCUUGCUGGGGUUAAACUACCUACACUGGAUAUCAAAUUGAAUUGCACGUGCAUGUUUCCCAAUAACUAAUGACUCGUUUCUAUAUGCUGGAUGACACUGCUUGUACAGAGUAACGUACUGUAUGAUGUAUUUAUACUGUGAAUUGGGGUCAGUGCUUUCGUCUUUCUUUUAUGGCACAAUUUAAGUGUGAUCGUAGACAAGGGCAACUCUACUACGGUAUAUGGAAUGCUGCUUCCUGUUUUACUGUUACAGAAAACCAUCAGCAUUUUGGUUGUACUGUACAGGUUGGAUGGCAUAUGUCCAAUCAGAGCCAGAGUCCAGAAGGGCUCAAGUGCUUGAAAAGGGCAAGUAACUUUUCUUUUGUAGGUGUAAUGUUUGUUCUUAUAUAGGUCUUAAUGUCUUGCAACCAAAGCAAUAUGUGGAAAAAGAAAUGGCUGAAUAAAAACCUAUCUAAUAGGA